CGUCACUUCCGUAAACAAAGGGCUCUGUGGAAGCGCGGGUGUCGGGCUGCAGACCUGGGCUGGCGACCUGGGCGCUUGCUGCUUCUGUGGCAGAGGCUCUGGACGCCCUCUGACCUUUUCCAGUUGAGAAACGGGAGAGCACAGCAUCUUCCUCUGGUCUUACGAAGCUGGUGUUGAUGCAACAAAGAACUUAAAACAAUGGAAGAACGGAAAGUGAAGAGGAAGAGUCCCAAGCCUUUCAGUGCCCACUCUACUCAGGUUGUUAAUGCCAAAAAAAAUGCCAUCCCAACCAGUAAAAGCACAGGGUUUUCAAAUCCUACAUCACAGUCAACUUCCCAGAGGCCAAAGUUAAAAAGAGUGAUGAAAGAAAAGAACAAACCUCAAGGAGGAGAAGGAAAGGGUCCUCAAUCCACCCCCAUCCAGCACUCCUUCCUCACAGAUGUCUCUGAUGUCCAGGAGAUGGAGCGUGGGCUCCUUAGUCUGCUGAAUGAUUUCCACUCUGGAAAGCUGCAGGCAUUUGGAAAUGAGUGUUCCAUAGAACAGAUGGAACAUGUCCGGGGAAUGCAGGAGAAAUUAGCUCGCUUGAAUUUGGAGCUCUACGGGGAGUUAGAGGAACUUCCGGAGGAUAAACGGAAAGCAGCCAGUGAUGCCAACCUGGACAGGCUUCUGUCUGAUGGGGCUGCAAAGCUGACUCAGCGGCUAAAAGUACUUGCUGCUCUUGCAGAGGAUUCUGUUCCCAGCACCCACAUGGCGGCCCUCGACCGUCAAUAACUCCAGUUCCGGAGAUCUGAAGCCCUCUUCUGGCCUCUGAGGGUACCAGGCAUACACGUGAUGCAUAUGAUUACAUGUGCACAAAACACUCAUACCCAUGAAAUAAAAAAUAAAUAAAUCUUUAAAACCUUCUUUAGGGGGCUGAGGAGGUGGCUCAGUACCAGCGUGAGGGCCUGACUUCAGACUCUCAGCACCUGUGUGUAAAGCGCCUGCAAUCCCAGCACUACAGAGGCAGAGACAAGGUCUCUGGGGAUUACUGCCCCACCUCAUUGUUGCUGAAUGUGAGCUUCAUGUUUGGUGAGAGAUCCUGUCUCAGAAAAAAAAAAAAAAGAAUAAGGUGGAGAACAAUUGAGGAAGACGCCCAACAUUGACCUCUGGCACACAUAUAGGAACUUAAACACACACAACCGCUUUUUAGAACAAAGGAAAAUAAAUAACUGACUUCAACGUAUUUUAGCUUCAUGUUCACCAUGGCAAAAGAGUUUGUUUCUCUAGCUUUUCUUUGUUCUUUUUCACUUUCACUUUUUAAAAAAAUAAGUAGACAUGAGGCAGCUGUCCACUUAUACUUUUAAAACUUUAAGCCUAUAAGAUUUACAGUGCAUGCUUGUAAUCCCAGCACUUUGGAAGUGGUUGCAGGAAGAAUAGGAGUUAAAGGUCAGCCUCACAUACAUGGUACAUAGUGAGUUCAAAGCCAGCCUGGACAAUGUGUCUCUCAAAACACAGACAAAACACCCUUCAAGCCUGUACUUUUAAAUGUCAGAUCUGCCAUUUAAUAUUAGUUUCACAAGUAUUUCAGUUGAUGUCUUAUGCUCUAGUUCUCUUAAAUAUAAGCUUAAUUUCUUUACUUUUAGUGCAUUUAGGAAAACACUGAAUUUGAAACCAGGAGGUAUAAUGCAAAGCUUACACUGGCAUAAUACUUAGUAACAGUGAACAAUCUAGUUUACCUACCUACCUACCUUUCUUUCUUUGUUAAAGUGUUUUAAGGAGCUGGAGAUUAACUGAGGCCAUGUGGAUGCUAGACAAGCUCUCCACCACUAAACUACAGCCCCAGCCAGCAUUUCUUUACUCAUUUCUCCUUCUUAUGUCUGUAUCCUUCUGGAACUCAGACUUUCAAGUCCUUACUUUGAAGGUGGUGGCAGCAGGAGAUGGGUCUUUGGAAGGUAUUUAGUUCAAGAGUGGAAUUGGUGUCCUAGGAAAAGAGACUGAAAAGACAUCCUGCUGCUUGCAUUCUGUGAGGACACCGUCCACAGUGCUGCUCUGUGAGACAGACGCCAGGUUUGUUGCAUCUUAAUCUUGGAUGGCUGGUCUCUAGAGCCAUAGAAAUAAGGUUAUUUUUUCUACAAACCACUAAUUUAAUAAUUUUUGUUAAAAAUAGGAGCCCAAACAGAAUAAGACAUGGAGACAUAAAAAGGAGGCAGAAUAAGACAUAAAUUCUACAUUAUAGUGAGAAUCAAAUGAUUUUUGAAAUAUUUUUGUAAAUAAUAAAAGUUUUAAAAAUUAUGAUCACAGAAA